UAUUUAUAAGCUCAGCAGGAACGUCUUAUCAUCCUCAACAGUUACUGUUAAUCCACGCCGCCACCCGCUUCAUAAGUCUGAAAGGAGUAUUUUACGUCCUUUGAGCCCUUUCAACCCCUCCUUCCAUCUCUCUUCCCAAACAAUCAUAUUUGUUGAUCACCCUCCAUCGCUAUGAAAAACGCAGUUAUACCCUCCCUUCUGAGUCUCGCGGGGCUUGUCCACGCCCAAUGGUGGGCUGGCGCCCCUGAGUGCGCUGACGACUGCUUCUCGUCUUGGUGGAAUUCUGCUACCGAAUGGCCGGCCCCGACCAACUACUGCUCCGCCACCCAGGGUGCUUCGGUCUCGAGCUGCCUUCAAUCCGCCUGCUCGGCCACGCCCACAGCAAUCGCCUCCUACUCCUCCCUCUCCUCUUCGCUCUGCUCGAAGUGGUCUUCGUGCAGCUCGGCUGGCUCCACGGGGGUGUACACGGUCUCAGCGCCGGCAUUUACGGGCGAUUGGCGUGGCCUCGGCGGUCGUUGGCGUGGCGAUGACAAUCACGACGAUAGCAACAACGACGACGACACGGACGGGGGCUGGGAUUGGGACGGCGACGGCAACGAUGACGGUAACGAGUGGAAUCAGUUCACCCGCACCUGGACCGGAGGCGUCUACACGGUGACGGGGUGCGAGUGGAACGGCAACGUGUGGGCCGGCGGGCCCUUCGGCUACGGCCAGGGCGGCGUCGGCGGCUCGCCCUGGGGUCCCUGGGGCAAGGGGUGGACGUGGUCAACGGCAACGCAGACGGUCACGCGCGUCGUCACCAUAACGAGCGACGGUGGCGCCACGGCGCUGUCGACGUCGGUUGGUCUCGCCACCGUGGCGCAGGCCGUGAGCGGGCACAGCACUACCCGGAGCAUUAUCGGGGAGGCCACUGGUGGUGGUGGUAGUGGUGGUGCGGCUGCUACAGGGGGUGUCCAGCAGGGUGAUGCUGGAAGGAAUGAGGCUUUGGGGCUCAAGGUUAUGGGUGCGCUGCUGGGAGGUGUGCUGGCGCUGGCGGCGUGGCUGUGAGGGGAGGAAUGAGGAUGUUUAAGUGGAUACUGACUGCGACUCAGGGGGAGGAAGAGAUUGGACUCUAAAC